AUGGUCAUGAUCAAUGCCGUCUCUGCAGAGCACUGGGCAGUUAUCGUCGCGGGAUCGACUGGCUACAGCAACUACCGGCACCAGUCGGACGCCUGUCACGCGUACCACGUCGUGCGGCGGCACGGCAUUCCAGCAGAGAACGUGGUGCUCAUGAUGUACGACGACGUGGCGUGGCACGAGAGCAAUCCGUACCCUGGCCAGCUCUUCAAUCGACCCGCGCCCGAGCACGUGUCACACGUGACAGAGCAGUCGGUGGUGGACGACGUGUACAAGGGCUGCAAUAUCGACUUUCGGGGCGAGGACGUGACGCCCGAGAUGUUUGUGAACGUCCUCACGGGGAACCGCUCGGGUGCGUUGAAACACAAGAAGGUGCUUGCAAGUCACGCCGACGACCGCGUGUUUGUCAACUUUGUUGACCACGGGUCACGUGGCAACGUCUACUUUCCCCACAUGAAGCCGCUGUCAGCUGCGAAGCUGAAGCAAGCAAUGCAGACCAUGUACGAUACACACAUGUACAAGGAGCUCGUGUUGUACAUGGAAGCCUGUGAGUCCGGGUCCAUGUUCUCGGACAGGUUCCUGAAGCGCAUCAAUGCGUUCGUGACGACAGCGGCAAACGGCUUUGAGUCUUCGUGGGCGACGUACUGCCCUCCGCUUGACGAGGUGCAUGGCAAGUCAAUAGGUUCGUGCCUCGGCGACAUGUACUCGGUGAACUGGAUGGAAGACAGCGACCUCACGGAUCUGUCAGGUGAGACGUUGACGACGCAGUUUCAUCGCGUGAAGAACGAGACAGCCAAGAGCCACGUGAAGGCGUUUGGAUCGUCGAAGCUGAGCCACGAGAUUGUUGGCAACUAUCAGUCUACGUACGACAAGGGCGCGAACGAUGUUGAAUCUAGCAGCGAAGACACUAGUGACCCGCGCUUAAAUACGGCAACGACUGAUGUGUCAUUGGCUCACAAGAGUGCGGUGGAUGCACGGGACGUGGAUCUUGUUGUGGCAUUCUACCGCUAUCUACGAGCGGCACCUGGAAACAGUCGACACGAAUGUGCAGCUGAAUUGACUGCAGCGAUUGCAGCUCGAGAAGCUGCGGACAAAGUGUUUGAGACGAUUCGCGCGCUGUACGAGCAACAGACGAAAGUGCCGUUGGUGCAAGUGGAAGAGGCCGAGAAUGUCGAGUGUCACGAGCAAGUCACGCGCGCGUUCGAGGUCCAUUGCGCCUUUAUGGGCGGACUCAGUAGCUACAGUCUCAAGUACGCUGGAACGUUCCUGGAUCUGUGCGAAUCAGAGCUCACUGUAAGUGCUGCAGUGGCCGUGGUCCGCGAAGCUUGCGCGGUCACGAAGCGUCCUGGCUUUGUGCCGACGAGUGGUGUAGUUGACACCAACGUCGUGACGCUGAGCUGA